UGAAGUGAGCUAUCAAGUUGUUAUACAAUAUGGAGGCAAAUAAAAUACAUCUUGUGAACUAGUUAUCUCAAAAACGUCAAUUUUGGAGUUAUCAAGUUAUAGUACUAAGGCGACGAUAUAUUAAAAUUCAAUAUUUGUGGAACUGACACUAACUUCACCUAAAUAAUGAUCAAUAACAGAAAAAAAAUACAUAGUGGAGUUAGGAGCUAGAGGUUAAUGGUUUUCAAAGUAGUCACUAAUAAGUUGUAAUUUACAUUUUGGUAUCUGUUAUUAACCUAACUUUUGCUAAAUGUUCGCAAAAACAUCAAUUCUUUCGAUAUUGCCUUAUUAUUUUAUCGAAAAAGCGAUAAUUAUUUGAAACUACCGCCAUACGAGAAUUAUCCAAUCAGAAAUGUAUGUGCACGUUUCAACGAAAAUGGCUGUCGAUUGAAAGAAGCACGUUACUUUUGUGUUAAAAAAUAAAAGUUAAACGUCGCCUUCGGGGAGUUAUGUGAAAUUUGUGAGAGAAAACAAGACUUAAAAUGAAGUUCUUAAAUGUUUUAGUGCUCGUUUUGGUGAUAAUGAGUAAUUCGCACGCCGAGAAAAAACAACCUACAAUUUUAGUGUCUAUAUUGGUUAGAAACAAAGCUCAUACUUUACCUUAUUUUUUAUCGAAUUUUGAGUCUUUAAAUUACCCCAAGGACCGAAUGGCUUUGUGGAUUCGAAGUGAUCACAACACAGACAAUAGUUUAGAAAUCAUUCGGCAGUGGAUAUCUUCUGUUAAAUUUAAAUACCAUUCAAUUAAUACGGAAUUCAUUGAAGAUGGGACUCAAUAUCCGGGUGAGCAUGGGCCUGCGCAUUGGACAAAUGAGAGAUUCAACCAUAUUAUUAACUUACGAGAAUCUGCUCUUGAAUUUGCGAAAAACAUUUGGGCAGAUUUUUUGUUGUCUCUCGACUGUGACGUAUUUCUAACCAAUCCUGACACAUUGAACUAUUUAGUGUCCAAAAACUACACAAUUGUGGCACCGAUGCUCAGAGCUGAAGGUCUGUACUCCAACUUUUGGCACGGCAUGACUGAUGACUACUACUAUCAGCGAACUGAAGAAUAUACUCCAGUAUUGCGCAGGGAGAACCAGGGAUGUUUCACAGUGCCAAUGGUUCACUCGUGUGUUCUCAUAGAUUUAAGGAGAAGAGAGUCUGAGUAUUUAACGUAUGUUCCUAGUAAAAUAGAUAAAUUUGAUGGACCCAACGAUGACAUAAUCGCUUUUGCCAUUAGUGCCAAUAGGAGUGCCAUAACUUUGAAUAUUUGUAACGAACUUAAGUUUGGAUAUAUCAUGGUGCCGUUGGAACAAAACGACCAGCUAAGUGUAGAUUACGAACAAAUGACCAACAUGAAACUAGAUGUAUUAAAUGAAAUUAAUGAACUUUAUGUCAACGAUCUCCUAAAGAAGUUUGUUCGAGAGUUGCCGAGAAAAGAUACGUUAGGCUUCGAUAAAAUCUUUAUGAUAAAUCUUUUACGAAGGCCCGAACGAAGGAAAAGGAUGAAACACUGUUUCGACGAAUUGGGACUAGAGGUUGAUAUUUUGGAUGCUGUAGAUGGAAAGGCCCUCAAUGAGAGUUUUUUGGAAGAAAUCAAGUUCAUGCCAGAAUUUUCUGAUCCUUAUCAUAAAAGGCCAAUGAAAUUAGGUGAAAUUGGGUGCUUCAUGAGCCAUCUUAAUAUCUGGAAAGAGAUCGUAGAAGAACGUUAUGGUACAACAUUGGUUUUGGAGGAUGACAUAAGGUUUGAACCAUUUUUCAGGCAUAAAGUACAAAAUUUAAUGGCUGAAGUUCGACGGAUACCAAACUGGGAUUUAGUUUAUUUUGGAAGAAAGCGACUUCAAGAAAACGAUGAACCAUGGGUAGACGGUAGCAACUUUCUAGUACAUGCCGGUUAUUCAUACUGGACGUUAGGAUAUGCACUCAGUUUUAGAGGUGCUAAGAAACUUCUUGAGGGUGAUCCGUUAACACGGCUGGUACCAGUUGAUGAAUAUUUACCUAUUUUAUUUGACAAACACCCACAGGAUUCCUGGAAAGGAUAUUACCCAAAACGAGACCUAGUAGCUUUUUCAGCUGCACCACUUCUGAUAUAUCCUACGCACUAUACUGGCGAAAAGGGGUACAUCAGUGACACUGAGGACUCAGUAGUAAUACCCGAGCUAGCCACGAACAAUAGAGAAGAUCUUUGAACAUAAAGUAGAGAAAUAUAUAUAUGCUGCUGAUUACUAAUACUGGAGUUAGUUUUUGUUUGAUAUUUUUAUAGAAAAUUACAAAAUAUUUAUAAAAAAAGUACCUAUAAGAGUAAGUAUAUUCGUGCAUUAGGGAUUAUCAAAAUUGACAUAUAUAAUUAUUUUUUUUUGUUCUUAUUUAAGAACAAAGCAAUUUAAUUAAUAGUGCAGCUAAUCAUUUUUUACCCAAUUAGUAGGUAUUAACUAUUUUUUGAGGUUCAUUAUUGUCAUCUCUUUUGUUUCCCUUUUAUGUUCAUCUCAAUCGUCCGGUGACUAUUUUUUGCUUCAAUGUCUUGUUUUCGACCCUUAAACUUACAUCACACACUUGACAAUACCUCGUUGAGUCAUUGAUGUGUUUUGAGAGUAAUGUCUAUCUUCAAAAAUAAGAAAAUAAUGUGUUCUUUCAAUGUAUGUACUUAGUAAAAAACAUCGAUUCUAAAAAGGCAACCAAAACUGGAACGAAAAUUAAAACGAAGUUAAACUUGGGAUAGGGUAAAUGUUCCAUAAUUUUCUACUAUCGAUUACUCAGUUUUGUCAUUGCUAAAACAUUUUUCCAUUCUAGGCUUAUUAGAAGUCCCGAAUUUUCAUCCUCGGUUGAUAUUCUUAGUCUAUCAUCAUCUUGCUUACUUCGAAUUUUGCAUUGCAUAAUUAGUUCUUUUUCUUUCCUCUUCUUCUUUUAUAUAGGUAGUACUGCCUGUUUUUCUUCAACGGUGCCUUUCAUUCUGCCUCUAAGUUGUCAUUCCGUCUUUUCCUUGGGCGUCCUAUACUUCUCCUGCCUAACGGUUACUUGUCCCUGGCUAUUCUUACUAUCCUUGAUUCAGACAUCCUGCUUAUGUGCUCAUUACACUCUUCUUUUCUGUUCUUUACCCAGGUAUUUAUAUUGUCUACCCCAUAUAUGCGUCUGAUUUCCAGCAAUCCUUCUUAAGGUCUUCAUUUCGUUGGUUUUCAGAUGUCUUCGUGUUUUGCUUGUAUCUGGUCUUUUUCGGCCGUGUAAGUCGUAACUGGCCUAAUAACUGACUUAUAUAUUCGGGCCUUUGUUUCCAAUCUUAGGUGUUUGUUUUUCCAAAUUGUAUCAUUUAGGCAUCUGGCCGUUCUACUGGCUUUCAUUAUUUGGUCUUUUACCUCUUCUUCGAUAUUGUUGUCGGCUGAUAGAUUAAUUCCCAGAUAUUUGAAAGUCAUUACUUGUUGUUUAAUUUGAUUGUCUAACUCCAAUUUGCAUCUUAUUGGUUCUUUGGCAAUUAGUAGUGAACCUUAUGUGAACCAUAGUGAAUGUACUUUGGCUUAGUGAACCCAUAAUAGUCUGUUAUUAUUCCAUUGACUUUCAUUUCUAUUUUAUUUCUUACAUAUAUUAUUUCUAUCAGUUUUAUGAUAUCCAGUGGUAAUUUUUCUCAUAUAGUAGGUGUAUCACAUCUUUUAAUUGGAUUCUAUCAAACGCUUUCUCUAGGUCUAUGAAACAGAAUAAUUAGUUGUAAUGAGUAUUUUAUCCUUUCCAUCACAUGUCCUAAGUACUCAAGUUUUCGUCUUUUGGUAGUUAAUAUUAUGUCCGCUUCAUUUUCUAUCCUUCCAUGGUUCUUCUGUUACACAAAAAUUCAAACGCGGCCAACUUAUUUGUAUCCACUUGUUUUAGUGUCUACUCUUCCAAGCCGCAAAGAAGAGAAAGGAACACGUAACACCGCAGCAUCCUUAGGUGUAGUUCUAACCUUAUAUCUCGACAACAAAGAAACGUUUUAACUUUAAUGAAUGAUCAUGCUCUUUCAAUACAUGGGGAUAGGACGCAACCCUGUUGGACUCCUCUCUGUAUUUUGAUAUCUCGGGUGUUCUGGUUGUCAACUCUUACUCUGGCAGUUCCACGCAUUCGUGUCGGCGCAUCUCUGGGCCACCACAUCCAAGCCGAACAAAGCAUCCCUUGUGGACAUAAUAUGAUUCCCAAAGUCAAACUGUUUGUCACUAAUUUCAUAUUCAAGAGUUUCAAAAAUUCUGUUGUGUAUUAUUUUCCAAAAUGUUUUAAGCAUCGCGCUACAUAAUUUGCUUACAACGACUGCAUGAAGCUGAUUACUCUCUGGAAUGAUUUAUAAUUUUACAUGGCGUGUAGGUACUGAUAUGUGUCCCAACAUAAGGGAUAAAAAGCGCGAAUAAUGCUGCCAUCUCUGUUUAAGGUUAGUUAAAAGAAAGAGAUAAUUAUAUUAAAUCAUUUUUGAUUGCUUCCUGCGAAAUAUACUAUUGUAUAUUCGGAGGAAAGACAUAUGUAGAUUUAACUUCUCAGAAUAUAAAGAUGGUGGAAAACCUUUCUGUCAGUUUUGAUAAUCCUUAGUGUUGUGCCAUUGAUGUAACCAAAAAGUGCCUUUCUAUGCCAUAUAACUUGUGAUUUUAUAAUAUUUGUUUAGGCAAUACGUAAAGUAUCCUUAACAAUAGUAACCUAUACUUAUUGUACGGUUAUAGAGUAUAUUCCCAUAGGUAAGCUGGUUAAGAGUAGAUAACGAUUUUUCAUAUGUAAUUUAAAGUAUUAUCUGCAUAAAUGGCACAAAGAAUAUUUGCUACGAGAGGUAUAUGGUUCAAAAUGCAUACAGUAUCACGACUAAUAAGUUAUGUUCACAUACAUGUAGAGUACUUACAGUUUUAUUCCUUGAUGACGUGUCACAUCAGAGCUCUGAUUGAAUUCCAUAAUCCAUUUGGUUCAUUUGUAAGGCACUCACUAAUACGCUAAAUAAAUCAUCGUCGAUAAUACUGAGCAG